CGUAAAAACUUUGUUUACAAAAAUAGAUGGGAGGUAGUGGCGAUGUCAGUUUAACUCGUUAAUUUCUAGCGGAAACUGGUUGCUACGAACGACAAAUGAUGGGAUCGUCCACAAACGGUAUAACCAGAGGACAAUUACGGCCACAUUUCAGUGGUAGAAGCCCACCUUUUAUCAUCUGUGGUUUGUUUAUCGCAUUGAUUAUCGUCAGUUACUGUUAUUGGAAUCUGUCGUUUCGUUUUAAUAUCCUUCAGAAGAAUUUAUUAAACGUGGAAGAGAACUUACGAAGCAGCUCUAGUAAAACUGAUCUAUUAAUUAAACAAAACGAAGGACUUAACAGUAAACUUCAAAUGAAUCUCGAUCUCAUACAACAAAAUAAAAAUACAUUAUCUAAGAAAGAAGAGGAAGUCAAUCAACUUUCUAAUCAGUUGAGACAAAAAGAAGAAGCAAUUAAUAGAGCAAAUUCCCAGAUUGAAACUCUUAAAAACGAUGCCGAUAAAUGCAAAGAAACUUCUGAUAAACUUAAGAAUGAAUUAAAUGCAGCAAAAGCUAAGAUUAAAGAAUUAGAAACAGAAAAUACAGGUUAUAAAGAGAAAAUUACUGCCAUGCAAGAACGCAUGAACUCUUCAAAUAAAUUGAAUAAGGAAACAUCAAAGAACAGUGAUCAAGAAACAAAAAAUAACAUUCCAAAUAAAUUUAUUGCAAGCGAAGGAAGCCAGAAUGAUAAACAACAAAAGUUGGAGGAUCCUGACGUUGGCCAACCGCAGACUGCCUGAAGAACUACUUGUGGAAGAAUUGCCAGCGUUCUGUUUCCGGCCAUCCGGGACACCCACCGUCCCCACCAUGGCACCUUCCCUUUCUGGGGCAUUCUUCCCUGCAGGGAUUCCAUCCUCUUUUUUU